CUGCAUAGCAGAGCCAUACAAAGCAGAGUGCUUACAGUGAAGCACACACACAGCCCCCAUAGUAAAACAGCACACAUUUAACCCUUUGAUCUCCCCAGAUGUUAUCCCCUUCCUGCCCAGUGCCAUUAUGCUUUUUAUUAGCACUGAUCACUGUAUUGGUGUCACUCGGGAAGUCAGUGACCCCAAGUCAGUUUCCCCUAGUGUCAGAAUACCAGCCGCAGUUCCGCUAUAAGUCGCUGAUUGCCGCCAUUACUAGUAAAAAGAAAAAAUCCCAGUAUCUAUACCGC